CACGGCAGCGCACCGUCCUCAGAGUAGGACCCCGUCGCAUCCGCGUCCCCUUGGGUCCUUGAGCCGGCGCGGACUGAGUGGCCAUGGCCUUGAGGCUCCUGAAGCUUGUCCCGGCGUCGGCGUUCGCGCGUGGCCUCGCGGCCGGAGGCCAGCGCGUGCAAUGGAUUCAUGCCAGCGUGCAGUGCAAGCUGAAAUAUGGGCCUUUGGCUUACCUCCUUGGUGAGAAGACAUCCAAGAAACUGAAUGAGUACAGCAGAGUGAUAACUGUAGACGGUAACAUAUGCUCUGGGAAAAGCACGCUCGCAAAGGAGGUCGCAGAGAAACUAGGCAUGAAGCACUUUCCAGAAGCGGGCAUACAUUACUCAGAAAGCACCUCAGGAGACGGAAAGCCUCUCGACGAAGUCGAAUUUAGUGGUAACUGUAGCCUGGAGAAAUUUUAUGAUGAUCCGAAGAGCAAUGAUGGCAACAGCUACCGCCUGCAGUCCUGGCUGUACACCAACCGCCUCCUGCAGUAUGCAGACGCCCUGGAGCACCUGUUGAGCACAGGACAGGGUGUGGUCUUGGAACGCUCCAUCUUCAGUGAUUUCGUCUUCCUGGAGGCAAUGUACAAACAGGGCUUCAUCCGGAAGCAAUGUGUGGACCACUACAAUGAGGUGAAGAGGCUCACUGUCUGCGAGUACCUGCCUCCCCAUGCAGUCAUCUACAUCGACGUCCCCGUGCCAGAGAUCCAGAACCGAAUCCAGAAGAAAGGAGAUCCACACGAAAUGAAAAUCACUGCUGCCUAUCUCCAGGACAUCGAGGAUGCCUAUAAGAAGACCUUCCUCCCCGAGAUGAGUGAGAAGUGUGAGGUGUUGGUGUACAGUCCAUGGGAAGCCAAAGACUCAAGCAAGGUGGCAGAGGACAUUGAAUACCUCAACUACGACAAAGGGCCUUGGCUCACCCAGGACGACCUCUCCUUCCACAACCUGCGGAUGCUGGUUCAGGAUAAGGUGGAGGUGCUGAAUUACACAGCCAUCCCUGUCUACCUUCCAGAGAUCACGAUUGGAGCUCACCAGUCUCAGCGGAUCUACACCAGAUUUAGAGAGCUGCCAGGCCGCAAGUACAGCCCUGGAUACAACGCCAGCGUAGGUGACAAAUGGAUCUGGCUGAAGUGAACAGUGCCCUCCACGCAUCUGUGCUACAGCCAUGAAGAUGUCUGCUCUUCCCCACUCCGGAUGCCAGAGCUUUACCAGAUACCAGGAAAAAGCAAGUGAUCAGGGAACUACCAGGAGAAAUGGCCUAGUGGAAACAGUCUACCUGUGCCCUGGCAGCAGGGUUGAAAGAAAUCAACUUCCAUUGAUAAGGUUCUGGAACCUUCUAGCUUUAGUUUGGAAUCAUCCGUAAUUAUCACUGGGGGAAAAAGCUGUUUGAAAGAUCCGCUCCCACUGGAAGCUGCCGUGUGUCCCUGCGGCCCUGUGUCAGGCAGCUUUCCUGAACUGUCCCUCCCAACUUGAAGAAAUAAAUCUGGCUCUGUAGCACCUCCUGCGCAACAUACGUGCAUGCUCACCCCAUCCUGUCGCUCCAUGCCAUCCUGGGUUUGGGUCUUUGCGCACGCUGUUGAAGCGUAUACAUCAGCGGAAAGCAGAAAUGUAGAAAUACGAGAUUUGCAGAACAGCAAGUGUUGUCCUUUUUUUCCUUUCUUUUGAAUUUUUGUGAAUUUCUAUGUUUUGAUCAUAUUUAGGCCCCUCCCCUGACUACACCCCUUCAAUACCCACUGCCCAAUUUCCUGUACUGUUAUAUAAAGGCCUAGCGGGUCAAACCUGUGUCCCCAAAUGCCCUGCAUUGUGGAUCCACCAGAACCUGGUUACUCUCUCCAACGUCACACCGUUAAAGAAAAGUGACUCCCAACACCACCGGUGGCUAUAGCUCCUCAGCUAGGGCUGGGGCUUCCUACCCACCUCCCCUCUUCCGUGCUGGGCUUAUCUGCUUUGAGCUGCUGUGGGUCUUGUACAAACGCUUUUCUCCAGAGAAGGUUCACUUGAUGGCUGCCCUUGCUGUCUCCUCCCUCUGCAGGGCAAAGCUGAGCUUGGGUGUAGGCACAGAAGCAAAAUCAGAUGCUGUUACCUCUUGAAACUUAGGGGAACAGUAAAAGCGCUUUGCAAAUUUUGCGCAUCAGCGUUGUUAGGGAGUCAUUGUAGGUUGUCAGUGUGUUUCUGCUAUGUCCACUGUUGUGGCUGUACCUUGCACAUGUGAUUUACAUGUAACCUAAUUAAACAAUGCCAUUUACCAUUCUGUUCCUUAGCCGUGUUCGGGUCCUUGCAGCCACAUUAGACAGGACAGAGAGAACAUUUUCCUCUUCAGGAAGGUCUGCUAGGCCUUUGCUGUGGGAUGUGCUGAAGAAUCAGACCACCUGCCACCUGCUUCCUUCCCUCCGUCUCCUCUGCUGCAGUGGAGCAGCAAAGUCUUGGACAAUCCCUGGAGGUCUUGUGUCUGUGUCCCGUGAACCACUGACCAGAGAGUGUCUGUAAUUACUGGGCUGUGCACUGCUGCCUGUGGUGCAAGGAGCUAGCAGUGAAGCCCUGGACAGGUCGGCCUGUCCUCAGCAGGGCUGCUGCAGCCACCUCAGAUCCUGUCCUGUGCGUCGCAGCUCACAUGCACUUGGCCUGCCUGAUGGUCCAUGUGUUUGUGUCAGACCCUGAUGGCUCCGCUCCCUUGGUGCGAUGUGAUGUUCGUGAUCGGCCGAGUCCACCUGCCUCACUUCCUGGUGUUCUCUGUGUACUGGGAAGACAGUGCGAAUUCCCAGCCUUCUCCAGGCUGCAGCCCUGCCGAGAAGGCUGGUGGGUCUCUAAUCUGAUCUCAGUGCAGCAUCUGAUUUAGCUUCACAAAAUGCUUGCAUUUGCUUCAGACUGGUGCUGAAAUAAAAACGUGCAUUUUGAAUAUCCCA